AUCCCCUAGGCAUGCAGACGGCUUCUACAAACAUUGGUGAAAGAAUGGGUCGCUCUCAGGAGCUCAGUGACUCCAAGCGUGGUCCCGUGAUAGGUGGCCACCUGGGCAAUAAGUCCAUCCGUGACAUUUCCUGGCUACUAAAUAUUCCACGCUCAACUGUUAGUGGGAUUAUAACAAAGUGGAAGCAACUGGGAACAACAGCCACUCAGCCACCAAGUGGUAGGCCACGUCACAUGACAGGGCGGGUCAGCGCAUGCUGAAGCGCACAGUGCGCAGAAGUCGCCAACUGUCUGCAGAGUCAAUAGCUAAAGACCUCCAAACUUGGUGUGGCCUUCAGAUGAGCCCAACAACAGUGUGUAGAGAGCUUCAUGGAAUGGGUUUCCAUGGCCGAGCAGCUGCAUCCAAGCCUUCCAUCACCAAGUGCAAUGCAAAGCAUCGGAUGUCGUGGUGUAAAGCACGCCGCCACUGGACUCUAGAAGGGUACUUGCCUGCCUGCAUUGUGCCAAGUGUAAAGUUU